AUGUCGGGCUUCGUCUCCUCGCCCACCGCCCUGCACCCCGCCAUCAGUAAUCCGAAUCCGCUUCCGCCGCCAGCGCCAGCGCCAGCGCCAGUGUCACUGCAACAGCACCAGCCGUCUGCGUUGCCAUCCUCGUCGUCCUCUUCCGACCCCCAUGGAGUUAAAACCUCGCUUUCCGACCGCCCCAAAAGCUCCAGCGCCACUGCUGCAACACAAAACCCCUCGUCCUCGAUAAGAAGAAGCUCCCUAUCAAUAACCUCGACCGCCGCCUAUCCCGAGCUGCUCCCGCCUCCUCUGUCCAAGUCUACCAGCGCCAACGCCAGCGCUGCCGCCCAUCCUCCCAAGGGCCAUCGCCGUGCGCCUUCUCACGAAGUCCCUCGCCAGACUAUUAUGAAAGCUUUGGCUUCAGUUGUUCGCAGAAAUAAACCUGAAGCCCUUUCUCUUACCGGCAUGUUGUCCCAACAAGGCGGUUGCGACAACCGUCCCGCCACUUCUUCGUCCCAGAAGCUGGCCGACGCCUUGAACGAGCUGGCCAACCGGAGUAUGACCCCGACCACCGCCCUGCCCUCCUUGCAGUCCCCCUGCUUUUACCACAACCGAUUCGAUGAUGCCGUCAACAUCGACAAGGUCCUCGAGGAGAUCAAGAAUGACGACUGCAUGUCCCACUCUAGGCUCGUACAGACAGCCACCGGCGUCCGCGAGGUCUCCAAGCAGUUACAACGCCGUCCUAUCAAGCGCGCCGUUCGCAAUGUCAUGAUUGUCACCAAAGCUCGCGACAACCAGCUCGUCUACCUGACCCGCGAGCUCGCUACCUGGCUGCUUCGCACUCCGAGGUACGGUGCCGACGUCGGUGUCAACGUCUACGUGGACGCCAAGCUCCGCAACUCUCGACGCUUCGAUGCCAAUGGCAUCGUCGCAGAGAACCCUGCAUUCCAGGAUAUGCUCAAGUACUGGACGCCUGAUUUGUGCUGGAGCCAGCCUGAGAAGUUUGACCUAGUCCUCACCCUCGGCGGUGACGGAACCGUCCUGUUCACAUCAUGGCUAUUCCAGCGCAUCGUACCCCCCGUCCUCUCCUUCAGCCUGGGCAGUCUUGGCUUCCUGACGAGCUUCGAGUUCGAAAAGUACACGCAACACCUGGAACGGAUCAUGGGUGAUGAGGGCAUGCGCGUCAACUUGCGCAUGCGCUUCACCUGUACCGUCUACCGGGACGGCACUCUUGGCCAAGAGGCGGAGGAAGGAGAGCAAUUCGAGGUUCUCAACGAACUAGUCAUCGACCGCGGCCCGUCCCCCUAUGUUUCGAACUUGGAACUUUACGGCGAUGACGAGCUCCUUACCGUUGUGCAGGCUGACGGCUGCAUUUUCUCAACCCCGACAGGCUCAACUGCUUAUUCACUUUCGGCCGGAGGUUCCUUGGUACAUCCCGACAUUCCGGCUAUUCUUCUGACACCCAUCUGCCCGCAUACCCUCUCAUUCCGCCCGAUGGUUCUCUCUGACACGAUGCUCCUUCGCGUGUCGGUGCCGCGCAAUUCCCGCGCAACGGCGUACUGCGCCUUUGAUGGCAAGGGUCGUGUUGAGUUGAAGCAAGGAGACUACGUAACCAUCACCGCCUCACAAUAUCCAUUCCCUACGGUUGUCCGAACUCAGACGGAGUGGUUCGACAGCGUGUCCCGCACUCUUCGCUGGAACACGCGCGCCGCAAUGCAAAAGGGCUUCGAUCCCUCUGCUGGUGGCAGCCUCUGCCCGUCUGAGGACGGCAAGGACGAUGAUCCGGAGUGGGACAUUGACACCGACUCAGCCUGCUACGCUAGCGAGGACGGGAGCAUCAGUGCGAGUCCCUUGAGAAGGCAGAUGAGUCUGCUGGGCAUGUGA